UCGACGACGCGAAGACUUGUGACAUAGCCUUCUCCCUUGGCCCCCCGCCACCUCUCCCUGUUUCCAUCCCUACCUCGCCUCUCUUCUCCCCUAAAACAUCGACGAGAACUCGCCGUCACAUGGAUUCCACACCCGCUCUCUCGCCUGCUGCGCCGCUCCGUUGCCUCUCAACCGCCGCCGACGCCACCGCCACCCCUGUUUCCAUCGGAAUCACCAUUCCCACCAUCGUUUGUUGAAUCGUUCGGCGUCUCCUCACCGAUCCUGUGUCAGAAGGUUGAUCACUCUCUGGGCUUUGUUGUUUUUGUUGUUCCUCCACUUGACAAGAGGAAGAUAGAAGAGAACGGAGGAUGGCGUCUUUGCUGAUAACGAACCACAACUUGUCAUCGGCCGAUGCCGCGGCGGCUCUUAGAUCUCGGCUGAAGCCUUUUCGUGCGGCAUACGACUCCUGCCAAAGCUUGAACCACGUAGGAACUUUGAUGAAUAAUUUGUGGCAACUGCUCUAUGCUGAUGCUUUCUUGGAUGCAUACAUCUAGGACUAGAAGAUGGAGAUCUCCAAAAGCUGCCAUCAUCCAUACUAUUCACCUCCCUAUGCGCAGCUUAGAAUUUAACAGGACAUCUGUUGACGAUAUCAAAUGCUUAAGAUUAAUCACAGCCAUCAAGACCCCAUACCUGCCUGAUGGGAGAUUUGACCUUGAAGCGUAUGACUCCUUGAUGCACAUGCAGAUUGUUAAUGGUGCUGAAGGUGUAAUAGUUGGAGGUACCACGGGAGAGGGUCAUCUCAUGAGCUGGGACGAACACAUUAUGCUCAUUGGACACACUGUCAAUUGCUUUGGUUCAUCAGUCAAAGUCAUCGGGAAUACCGGAAGCAACUCCACGAGAGAGGCAAUCCAUGCAACUGAGCAAGGUUUUGCCGUAGGAAUGCAUGCUGCAUUGCAUAUCAAUCCUUAUUAUGGAAAGACAUCCAUGCAAGGAAUGGUCUCGCAUUUUGAGUCUGUCCUUUCAAUGGGCCCAACAAUCAUAUACAAUGUGCCAUCGCGGACAGGGCAGGAUAUUCCUCCUGCAGUUAUACAGCAAGUCUCCCUGAUUCCUAAUAUGGCAGGUGUUAAGGAGUGCAUGGGAAAUGACCGAAUCAAAGAUUAUGUAAAUAAAGGGAUCACGAUAUGGAGCGGAAAUGAUGAUGAGUGUCAUGAUGCUAGGUGGGCAUCUGGUGCCACGGGGGUUAUUUCUGUUGCUAGCAACCUCAUUCCAGGUUUGAUGCACGAGAUCAUGUUUCGAGGGAGGAAUCCUUCACUGAAGGCGAAGGUGAUGCCUCUCAUAAAAUGGCUGUUCCGAGAACCAAACCCUAUUGGUCUUAAUACUGCUCUUGCACAGCUUGGUGUGAUUAGACCAGUUUUCAGGUUGCCUUAUGUUCCACUUCCUCUGGAGAGGAGACUUGAAUUCCUAGGCAUCGUGGAGGCGCUCGGGCGUGAGAAUUUUGUGGGAGAAAAAGAUGUACAGGUUCUUGAUGACGAUGACUUUGUAUUGUUAGGUAGGUACUAGUGCAUGGUCUGCUUAAGUUUAGAGAAUACAUUGUAUCUGGUAACAUCUAAUGGGGCUUAAAUUUUGUUUGAUUUGUGAUGGGAAAUUAAAGAUGGAGUGAAAAAGGUAGUUAUCUUUCUUAAUGUUUCUCUCAAAAGAAAAGCUAUCUUUGUUAAUACCAUCUGUAUACUGUAUGUUGAGAUAUUUCAACGUUCAUGUUCUUCCUAGGCUAUCGAUUAAAAUAAAUUUCAAAAACUGCAGACUUGAUUGAAUUA